AGCAGCUGUUGAAAAAACCCAGUAGAAAUCGUUGAAUACUAACUUACCACCACGUUGUAGUUGUCCCUGACCUUAACUUUGACUCAACGAGACGACCCAUCCUGACUAUGGGCAUGACGCAUGCUUUGUCGAUUGGUUUUGUCGAGUUACUAGCUCGUCGUGUAGUAUUGCUUCAUCUCCCUCGCACCCAUUUGUCCUCUAUGAGCACAGCAAUAAUCCACCACUUCGGUGGAGGCACCAGUUUUCUCUCCCCAUGAAGAUUGAAAUUUAUUUUACUUAGUUCCUCCCGGCUGCAGCCAUUUGUACCCAGGUGAACAGUAAGUGCCCCACCUCCAUUCGAAACGACCUGCACCCGCACGGCAAAUAAUAGGUAAAACCACUUGGUAGCAUCCGUCGCAGCAACUACGGCAUCAACAUCAUGGACGAAAUCCCCGUGGUCCGCGGCAACCUGCGCGAGCUGCUGGAGCUGCGCUCCAAGUACGCUCCCUGCGGUAUGGCGUUCUCAAACGUUACAUUCUCAAGUGUUACAUGGAUUUGUCAUGCUAAACUACCAUCAAGAUCCACACGAUCAAGCUGCUUCGCAUGACAAAUUUGCGAAGGGCUAAACAGCAGCUAAAUCUGUGCGGAAUUUGUAAUGCUAGAGGCGCAACCUCCCUCCUUUGGCUUUUACUACUCUUGCAUUACAAACUCAUGUAACAGUUGAGGAUGUAACGUUUGAGAGCGCCAUAUGCGGCCGGAGUUUUUUGGGUAAAAACCUCGAAAAGCAGCAGGCGCGGAACUUGAACAAAAAGCAGCCGCUCAGCUACUACAUGGAUGAGUCCGGAGUGGUGACAGUGUACAACGUUUUGACCUCUACUUCUUCACCGCCGAGGAACGUCGAUGGAGCACAACAUGGAUCAUCUCCAGGAAGUAGUAGUAUUUUUACCCGGACGUCGAACAACAACAAACAAGCGCAAGCGAGAACCUCCGCCAGUGACAAUUCGAGCUCCGAAAACAACACGAUAGGAGAACCAACAGCUAGUACAACAACAAAUGCGGCGGGACCGCGACCUUUAGGUGAUGCUGGUAGAAAAUCAAGAAGUGGCUCACAAGUUCAAGGUGUUGAACAUACUAGUCACGACCACACUUCCCCGACGGCGUCGACCACUACUUCGCGAAAGCGCGAGCGGAGCAGCACCAGCAGGAAGGACCCGAAUUCGCUUUUUUCCAAGCAGGUCCCGACUUUGGAGGAGUUCUACACGGAUCUGUCCCGCGUCGCCCAUCUGCGCACCGACGGCCCGACCAGGUCCUAUUCGCACUGCCGGCUGAAGCUGUUGGAAAAGAAGUUUGAACUCUACAGGAUGCUCCACUACGUCGAUGAAACGACCGAGAACAAGAACAACGGGGUCGAUUUCAACCACAUUGUGAAGGUGGACAACCACAUCCACCACAGCGCGGCGAUGUGCAGCUCGCAUUUGUUUGAGUUCAUUAGGAAGAAAUUCAUUCACAACAAAAACGACGUAGUUUCCUACACGGUGAAAAAGAAGAAUAGCAGCACAGCGAGUAAAGAAGAAAAUCAAGAUAACAAUGUCGAAUGCCAGACCUUGCAGGACUUUUGCGACAAACUAGAAGUGGAAGAGUCCGCACUGAACCUGGACGCGUUCGAAAUGCAGGCGGACCACCGGGUUAUGUCCCGGUUCGACAUUUUUAAUUCCCGAUUUUCGCCUCUCGGGAAAUCCGCGUUUCGGGAAGUGUUUUUGAAAACCGACAACCAGAUGGGCGGGCGGUACCUGGCGGAGCUGACCAGGGAGCUGCUGAACGGGCUGGAAAGGCGGGAAUGGUGCCACACGGAGUGGCGGUUGAGCAUCUACGGUAAAUCGCCCGACGAGUGGACCAAGCUGUCGCAAUGGGUGCUGCAAAGGGGAAACGCGGGGGGAGAGGUAGGAUUUGCAGUGCUUUGCAUAGAAAGUUUUGUUGAAAUAAGUGCGUGAGAACGAACAUGUACUAUACAUGGUAGUGAUGCGAUGAAACAAAACGACUACAAGCCAUUUCAUUUGAGAGCGCGGCGAUAAUACAUGUGUCAUGCAACAAUGAUCCGUAACCGUAAGCGUAACAGAUAGAGUAAGAGUUCGAGACAUUUGUUACAGAGAUGAAAUCCAAAUAUGCAAUCUCAUUGCGUCCGCAACUACACAGGCUCGUCCGCAAACCGUCGCGCCGUCAAAAUCCGACACAACUGCUAUUACAAUGAAAAAUGCCCCCACCCCCGAACUUGAAAGCAUUUGUAUUGCAAACCUUUCCAAAUGAAACAUUCGCGCUCUUGCAUCUAUCAGCAUCACAGGUUUUCAAUCGUGAAUAGCAAAAAUUUGUAUUGCAAAAGGCCCCAGCAAGAGCGGCGCUUGUCAUGCAGGCGAUGCGAUACACGCCUAGACUCUGCAUCAGAAAUAUCCAUACUCCUUCCAUGCAUGACAGAAAGUUUUCAUUUGGAAACUUCGCAUCACAAAUUUUGCACUUUCAGGGGUGGGGGGCACUUUUCACUGCAAUAACUGCCCAUCCAUCCGCCACCGACGCUCCGCGCGCUUUGUCCUUCAACCUUCCCUCCGACCAUAUUGAGAGGAAAAAUCCCCCCUCCCCAUAUCAAAACGGAAAUCUGUGAUGCAGAUUUGUUGUCACAAAUCAGCUUUGUCAUGCUACACGGGAAAAGAUGCGGACUGUAGUGCUGGGUGGCGUGGGGGAGCCUUGCAUCUUCAGCAUGAUAGGAGGCAGCUGAGAGUGGGAAACAGCAUGACAAAUUGCCUGCAAACGAGACCACGACGGCGGCUCUUGGCCUUCUAGCAUGACAAGUCGAUUUGGUGCCUCAAAUCCUGCAUCACAGAUUUCCAUUUCGAUAUGGGGAGGGGGGAUUUUUGCGUUUGAUAGACCAGCGGAAGCCUUUGCUUUCGGAGAAGAAUCGGUGGAUGAUCCAAUUUCCGCGGCUGUUCCAAUUGUACCGGAAAUUGAACAUCGUGAAAAACUUCCAGCAGUGGCUUUCCAACCUUUUCCUCCCGCUCUUCGAAGCGACCCUGUUUCCCGAAAAGCAUCCGGACCUCGCGGAGUUCUUGACCCAUAUGGCGUUCUCAAACGUUACAUUCUGAACUGGUACAUGAAUUUGUGAUGCAAGAACACCAAAAGUGAAACGGGGAACCUUGCGCGUCUUGCAUUGGAACCUUGCAUAAUUGCACGGUAUAGCAUGCCACUUAGCGAGUCGAAAACUUGUCAUGCGAAGAAGCUUGAGCGUGCGAAGCAUGAUAGCGCUUCUGCAUGACAAAUCAUGUAACUACAGUUGAGAAUGUAACAUUUGAGAAUCCCAUAACCCACGUCGGCGCCUUUGACACCGUGGAUGACGAGUCCCAGGAAGACACGGUGGCGCUGCAGACCGCGGUCGCGGAAGACAGGCGGAACCGGUUGGUCACGGAACCGGGGUACUGGAGCUUCGAGAACGCGAAUCCACCCUACGCCUACUACAGCUACUUUAUCUACGCGAACAUCCGGGUGUUGAAUCUACUCCGGGAGAAACUCGGUCUGAACCAGUUCCACUACCGGCCGCACUGCGGGGAGGCGGGCGACCUGCUGAAUUUGGACGUGGGGUUUCUGCUCGCGGAUACGAUCGCCCACGGGAUCCGACUGCACCACUCCCCCGUGAUGCAGUACGUGUAUUAUCUGGCGCAAAUCGGGAUUUCCGUCUCCCCGCAGUCGAACAACGCGCUGUUUCUGGAGUACGCGAAGAACCCGUUUUUCUCCUUUUUCAAACGCGGUUUGAACGUGACCUUAUCCACCGACGACCCGGUCAUGUUUCACAACACGCGGGAGCCUUUGUUAGAGGAGUACGCGGUCGCCCGGACCUACUGGCGGCUGUCGCCGAUUUAUCAAAAUGAAAAAUGCCCCCACCCCAUACUCAAACUAGAAAUUUGUGAUGCAGAUUUGUGGCCACAAAUCAGCUUUGUCAUGCCAGAAGGGAAAAGAUGCGGACUGUAGUGCUGGUUGGCGUGGAGAUGAAGCCUUGCAUCUUCACCAUGACAGGGGGCAGCUGGUGGAAGUGGAAACAGCAUGAUCAAUUGCCUGCAAACGAGGCCACAGCUGCGUCUCUUGGCCUUCUAGCAUUACAAGUCGAUUUGUGUACUCAUGUAAACAUCACAAAUUUCGUUUUCGAUAUGGGGACGAGGAGGGAUUUUUCCUUUUGAUACGAUUGACGUGUGCGAGGUCGCGCGGAACUCCGUGCGGCAGUCGUCCUUCCCGUUGGAGAAGAAGUUGGAGUGGCUGGGGUUGUCGGGUCUCGCGCCGUAUCUGCAAAAGAACCGGGUGGCGAAGCUGGCGGAGGAGAUCUGCGGCAGGAUCAACAACAACGAAGUGACCAACGUCCCGAAUUCCCGGCAGCAUUUCCGCCAGACCUGCUUGCGGACGGAGCGGGAGUCGGUGCUCGGGGACGCGAACGAGACAGAUGUGAGGUACCGAUUGGAGCAGCUGGGAGUGAUGAACAUCCCGCAGGCGAGAGACCCCAUGAACGAGUUAAAUGCAUUACUCGCUGAGGAAAGCUCCAUGGCCGCGGCCCAGAUCGUCGAGGAGGUGGACGUAUGGACUGCAAAAAUGUCUGGGUCUGGAAAGUUAUAACUUGUAAUGCUAGCUUUACACUCCUGGGAAAUCUGUAUUGCAUAACCGACAAAAGCCGCAGCCAUUUUUGUCAUGCAAAAACGCAGUUUCUCAUGCGGGCUGCCUAUGAGAAAGUGCUCCGGAAAGUUGUCAUGCUGGUCUGCAUUCGGAAGUGUUGCCAUCAUGCACAUUUUAGCAUGACAAGUUUCCAGACCCAGACAUAUUUGCAAUGCAUAGCACGCCAACAUCGGCGCCACGUGUUGCGGGGUCGAUGAAGUGGUGAACCAGACCAUCGAGAAGGACGCGGAAAAGAAAAAAGAGUCGGAAAAGUUGCAAAAUCAAAAGGACAGCACUACAAGUAGCCGGACGAAAACGAAAGACGUCGGUGGUGCUGGGGUAGUUGUACCUGCUCCGGGCGGAAGUUUGGUGUCCGCCGGGGGCAGCAGUCCGAGUUUGUUGUCCGGCGGGCUCGAACAACAACAACAACAACAAACAGGAGCAUCUUCUUCGUCACUGCGAAAAUCGCUGACCAAUGGCAGCGGGAUCGCUGGUACAGCUGGAAUUACUCCUGUGUCUCCGUCCGGAACAACAGGUAGUGUUUUCCACCAGCGUGGUAUGGAAGCGUCAGGCUUGAAAUCGUCAAAGUUGAAAUAAUCUGUAAUGCAUAAAAUGCAUGACCCGAGGCACGUGUGUUGCAGAGCAGGCAAGUGAGGCCGAUUGUAAGCCUGUUUGGGGUUACAGCUCGAGCUGCUAAAGUAGCAUAAGAAAAUCACUCUUCUUUGCCUAAACAGCAUGACAAACUGCAUUUCGGGACCGCCGAAAUUUGUCAUGCGCCACUUAGAAACUCGGCUCCAACUGGCAUCCAUUUUAUGCAUGGCAAAUUAUCUCAACUUUGUCGAUUUCAACUCUGACACAUCCAUACGCGGAUCCCUGCGUUUGAACGACUUGGGGGAGAUCAUGGUGGACUCCUCCGGUUCAGCGGCGCCCGUGGAAAACGCAGUAGGCGCUAGAGAUGCACAAGAAGAUAAAAAUCUUUUGCCAAGUAGAGCAAGCGAAAGUGGUGGCAACAAAGCCGCCCCGCGAGUUGUGGACAUCGUGUCUACUCCGGCAAACAGCAAAGGAACGACCACGCCAGCGGGAGGCCUACUUCCGAAAAACGGCCCAAACAGCUUUUCGCACAGUGAUUCAUCUGGGCUGUUGGCAUUUCGCAACAAGGGUGGACUAGCACCUCAAGACAGGCACUCCUCUUCGCGGCAGUUGAUGCGUGAUAGUACCAUGUCGAUGCAGUCCACAACAUCGAAUGCAAAUGUCGAUGACUACGCGGUCUCGGGACAGCUUGAAAAUGCGGACGUUUUGGAAAGGAUCUUCAACAUCUCCGCGGGUGCGGGUGACAUGAAGGCGGCGUUAACCUUGGUGAAGCUCCGCGAGCGGGAAAAGAGCGAGCCCAGUCCGCGGUUCAUGAGGCAGGAAGACAACCGGUAUGGGCUCUUGCGGUCGAAUACCUCUUUUGAUACAGGACGAGAACUGCAGUCGGGCUCAGGUCUUUUGCAGCAACCAGGACAGCACGACCAGAGCGAUCCCGUCGCCGCGCCGCCGGCGGGGGGGGACGUAAUAAACUCUGCGGGGAACAACAAGAUCACGCCGUCGUCCUCUUCCCCAGCAGACGCGAUGCAACAGAAGCGAUUGCAGCAGGCCGGGCUGUUAAGUGGAAUGGGUACAAACAGCCCGGCAGGAGGAGCUGCACCAGGGGGAUCUUCAACACCGGGGUUCUUGCACUCCUCCCCGUUCUUUAAUAUGCGCAGCGCCAUGACGGGCAGUACUCUGAGGAUGUCGGACCAUUUUGCCGAGGGCAAGCAGAACAGGAGCGCUGGGGAUCAUGAUGAUGUUCUGGUGGUGAACACAGGUAGCCACCAGGAGCAAGACGACGAAGAAAGCGAGCAGACUUUUGCCGUGUUGCAAAGCGCCGUGGACCGUGCCAGUGUGUUUCUCCAGAACAAGGAAAGAAGUAGUUCGCAGAACAACAGCAGCUCCCUAUUCGGCUCCGCGAUUAGAAACCACCUGUCGCAGAAUGGUGAAAAUGAAAACAGCAUGGCGCACUUGUUUGACUCGGAAGAAGCCAGUGACGAUAGCAGCACUGAGGAGAACGACGAUAGCGCAGGAGCUGAAGGGAAGAACAACAACACGAAGUACAGCAGGAACGACAUUUUACUGCAAAAUGAAAAUGAUCCCCGGAAGUCGCUGUCGACAGAUAGUCUGAAGCGCGCCCGCAUCAACAUCCAGGACCCGAACGUCACCGACGCCGCGGUCUUCGCGUUUGCUGCCAAUGCCACCUCCAUGUCGAUGGCGGCUGCGGCAGCACGGGAAAAAAGCCAGCGGAGUAGAGAAGUCUCCGAACUACGAGGAAUUACGUCCAGUCAAGGAGGUGGAGGUGCUGCCGCAAGUGGUGUAGUACAUAAUAAACAUCAGGCACAGCAGGGCCCGCCGAUGAAGUUUUUCAGUGAGGGGGAGCAAGUGCAGCCGCAGCUUGCGUUUAUUUCUCUUCCAGCAGUGGAGAGUGGAUUUCAUCAAGCCCCAAGAGCUACAUCGACACCACCCCUACCCCAGCCGUCUUUGGAAUCUCUAUCGGAUAAAAUCAACGCGUUGGAGAAGGAUUUACAGACCUUCUUCCUGGACACAAGUCAAGUCAAGAACACCGCGACGUCGGCCCCACCAAGAAGCCCAACAACAAAUACAGCCUUGAACAAUUCUACUGGAGUGAAAAUGUUAAAGAUGGAUAAAAAUUUCGAUCAGCAACAGCCCAAGUUGCAAAGCACGUCUGCAUUUAUCACUGCUGGGGGAUUCUCCACGCCACGGCGAUUGAGCGGUGGACAGAACUUGCUAAAACAAGAUCUGGCGAACAACAAUUACACGAGCAGUGCUGGCCCCACGACGACGACCCCACGACAGCGUACGACACCGCCGCCCUCAGAGAUCACGAGCAGUCCGAGGAACAGCAAAGGGCAGCUGGUGGUGGCGGAACAAAUAAAGCCAACUCCACAACUUCUCCACUCUCCUAACCCCGGGACCUCGAGGACACCUAGCAUGUUGAACAGUCCCACGGCCGACAAACUCCCGAGCAAGAAACCUUCCCCGGCACAAGCCGCACGCUUGGAUCUUUUCAGCCGACCCUACCAAUUCGGCACGCCCGGCGGGGUUUUCGACAACAAUAAUCUCACCGGAGUUCUUUCCACGCCACGGUCUCUGAGCUGCCCCGCUACACCCCCGCGCGGGAGAACGACGCCGCCACCACCCGAGUAUAAUAAUUUCCAGCGACGGUCCAAGGAAGCAGCAGGCGCUGGUGCAGAUAAUGACCACACGGGCCGCAAAUUGUUACUCCACUCCCCCCGGCCGCCGGUAAAGGAAAUAUCCGCACAGGAGAGCCUAUCAAGUGCAAAAAUGUCUGGGUCUGGAAAAGUGUAAACUUGUCAUGCAGAUUUUCGAUGACCCAUGGGGUCUGGAAUGCGGGACUUGGCAUGACAGACUCCGCGAGGUCUCUGCCAUGCCCAUCCUGCAUGAGAAACUCCAUCCUAUCUCGGUCAAAAGUGGACAGCUCUUGGUAGUCAUGCAACACAGAUUUUUCCAUGAUUCAGUCAGAUUUACCAUGACAAGUUGCCACCUUCCAGACCCAGACAUUUUUGCAUUUGAUAAAGCCGUAACUUGGAGCCCUCGGUGUACCCGAAUCUACUUCAGAUGAAUGACGAGGAGGGAAAUAAAAACAGUCCCCGCAAGAACAACUCGAAAGGCGCCAGCGCGACUUGGAACCAGUACAAGGCCGCGGAGAAAGCGCUGACCCCGGGCGCGCAGCUGCAGCAAAAGACGUUGGACUGUGGCCCGCGGGGGGAGGUGGCGGUGGCCGGCGCGGCGACUAUAGGGAAGAUAGUAUCAAAUGCAUUUUCAUCGAGCAACAUCACGACCUACGCGGCCGAGAUUGGCAGCCGUGCUGCUGUUGCAGCUCCUUUUGCGGUUCUUGCCGCAGAAGAAAGAAUACAACAACUACAGGUGCCCAAUUUAUUAUCAAACACGACGAGGAUGACAAAAAUGGAGGGCGAGGCUCUGCAAACACUAGAAACCCGCACCACCCGGCAGUUGCUGACGGAGAUUUCCCAACUCUCGGACGACGCGCAAAUACCGUUUCAGCCCUCGGCGAGUGCGGGCGAGCAGUACUUUUUCACCGACGCCGGCAGGAAUCUGCAGAAAGAAGCGGAGUAUUCGGCUGAGGAGCAGUACCUGUCCCAGCCGAACAGUCCUCCCGGUAAGAAUUUCGGCCGCGAUAUUAAUUACCGGGAGAGUAGUAAAAAUCUGGGCGAUAUUCAGCACGCCGUGCGGCAGCUGCAGGAGAUGUCCGUGCAAAAUCCAAGCAGUGGCAGCACCGCGAGUACGUAUGCGCGAAGCAAAUUGCUGUCCAAAAUGGACGUGAACAGCAAGCGGAACAACAUCAUGCGCAUUCCGUCCACGAUAGCGGAAACCACGGCGAAUAUAAUUAACCACGAUGAGAUGACUAAUGCCGCAGCAGGGAUGAAAAAUCAGAAUCACGCAGUAGAAGAGAUUAGUAGAAGUGGAAAGAAUAUUAAAAAAGACAACAGCAAGAACACGUCCUCGAGCAACAUCCUGAGAAACACCUCGCCGACUUCUCCGCUACAAAACCCCUACGUCACGUCCCAGUUGCAAAACCACCAACCGGAAUUGACAACCCUCUACAACAAAAAGCCGGUGAAUUUGCUCGACAACACGUGGGACCACCGGUUAGGGAUGAGCACGUGGGGGCACACAAGCAGUACGAAGUACGACAACCAGAAAAUUUCGGAAAUUCUGGACACGAACUCGCUGCCCCACAGUCUGUAUGGAUUGCAAAUAUCGAUCUGGGUCUGGAAGAAUGCAAGUUUGUCAUACUUGUCUGGCAUGACUCGAGAACAAUCUGUGUUGCAUAGACACGAAAAGGCCCUCUUGUCUGUCAUGCAAAAACGCAGUUUGCCAUGCGAAAUACGUAAGUAAGACAUGGGAGCCAAUAAAUUUCUCAUGCGUAGCUGCGUAUUGCAGUGCGUCUACAACCAUUCACUUUUAGCAUUACAAGUUUCCAGACCCAGACAUAUUUGCAAUCCAUAGUCUGCAGAUUAGCAACAUGUUUCCGCAACCGGACGUGAUGGACACGUUGAACGAAAACUCCGUGCAACGGUUGAAAGCCGGCUGUGUCACCGCCGCAAAUGUGCGACAGGGGCUGCAGAAAAACAUCGCUUAUGCAGUGUAAAACUAUAUCGUAAUCGUACUAUCAGUAAUCGCAUGACAAAUUUGCUCAGCAUGAGAAAUGAAACUUGUGAUGCGGAUUUGGCUUGAGAAAGAAAUUUGUAUUGCAUGAUUGCGAUUAAUAAAUGAUUAAUACGAGAAGUACGAUACUUUUGCAAUGCAUAUCGCUGUCCACGAUCGCGACGUGGCUUUGAAGUUGGCGGAAAUCGUGAACAAUAAUCCUCCUGGUCCUGGUUCAUCUUCUUUUCCUGGAACAAACAACACAGAAUUCUUGUUCGACACCGAGACCAUCGCGAACUCCUCCAAGCGAACCCUCUCUCCGGGCACCGUAGCAUCUCCCCCGGGAGGACCGGGUGCAAACACUGAUCUCUUCAGCAGAAACAAUUUUCUCGAUAAUAACAACUCUGUUGAGGGACUCGGACUACAACUGAGCGGGGCCGCGUCGUCGUCGAACGGAAUAAUCGUGAUGAACUCGAAGAACAAGAAACAGCCACUGAUCAAGGAUUUUUCCGCGAAUCGACAGAACAUCGUGUCGCCCAUCCAGGUCCCCUUUCCCCAGGCGAAAAUCAAUUUCGCCGAUCCCACCUCUGCCGCGGACUAUAGUGCGGUAUCAACUGCAAAAAUGUCUGGGUCUGGAAACUUGUAAUGCUGCGUUGGGAAUAGUGAAUGCUCUGUAAUGCACAGGCAAGCAUGAGAAAUAUUUAUGAAUAUCUGCGCCUCUUUGUGUUGCGUUUUUCGCAUGACAAACUGCGUUUUUGCAUGCCAGGCAAAAGGGUCUCUACUUUGACACGCAUCACAAGCGUUUUGGUCAUGCCAGACAAGCAUGACAAAUCUCGCAAUCUUCCAAACCCAGACACUUUUGUAUUUGAUAUGCGGAGCAGAAACGCAAGUUCCGCCGGUACAUGGAGCGGUCCAAAAUCGUGUCUGAUAUCCCCUCCAUUGUCACCAACGCGGAAAGCUUUGGAAUGACGAAUGGGUACGACAGUAGAGCUACUCCUGCGCACUACAACGACGUUCUCUUCGCGUCGAAGCACAAUCUACAGUACGCAACCCAGAGGAGCUUGACCCCGCCACCAAGUUUGUUGGCAUCCGUGGUGUCCCCACACACGCCAGUGAGUCCUCCGAUUGCAUCAAGUGGUGUAGUGUACAACAAUUAUCCAUCGACGUCAACAUUCCUCCGCACAAAGCAACGCAGUAAGAGUGCGGAGCCAGCUCCAAGCAACGCGAGUUGUGGAGGCACCAAUGGACGGUCCUCGCGACUUCAACUGUUUAGUACCAAAGAUUUUCUGAGCAGCAGAUACGACACGACAAAUAGCGGGGCAGUCGGCCGCCAGAACGUCAAUGGUCUCGCAGUGCAGUCACUGACGCCAAGACCACAAGCUGGAAAUGUAGUUACCUUCGCCGGAUCUUCAAACGCAGGCAGUCUGCAGGCUCCCCCGGCUGGAGCCGGGAUGUUGAGUAUGCUGGGUCCAGUGGCACCGCUGACCACACCGAGAGGCGGUGUUGCGUUAUACGGCAACGUUAAUAACUACUACGCAGCACAACAACCACAUGCAAAUGCGUACUCCACUACACCGACAGGAGUGCCUAGUCCUCCUAGCACCUCCGUAGUAAGCAGGUUCCCGACGGCGCCCGGAGAUAAUUUCAACACGACCAGGUCCUCCUCCUCCUACAGUCCGGGCACUGCCAUCAGUAAUCAACAGAACUCCCCCCUUUAUAACACCACCCCCAAGAACAAUUUCUACAACCCGAACCAACCCCCUUCCCCCACCUCCACGAAGCUCUCCGUGAUCACCACCACCCUCCCGCCCUCUCGGCGCGAGUUAUCAAAUGCAAAAGUGUGUGGGUCUGGAAGAGUACCAGACUUGUCAUGCAGGUUUUAUUUGACCCAUGAGGUCUGGUAUGUAGGACCUAGCAUGACAGACUCUGUGAGAGUUCUAUCACUUUAUGCCUAUCCUGCAUGAGAAACUGCCUCUCGAUUAGGUCAAAAGUGGACAGUCUUUGGUAAUCAUGCAACACAGAUUCAGAUUUAGCAUGACAAGUUGCAAUCUUCCAGACCCAGACACUUUUGCAAUUGAUACGAGUCGGUGGCGAACAAACUCGGGUCGCCGCAGCUGACCCCGCGGAGCCUCCCCCCGGUGAUCGCCGGCGCGGUCCGCACGGACGGGCUCGUCACCGACCCGCCAGACCUGAAAUUCCUCGCCACGGCCGCGCAGUACCGGGAAGCAAACAAGGAAAAAAACCGGGCGUUGGAGGCGGAAAAACGCAUGUUCGCGAUGGAUUUAAUGGAGCGAAGGCGCGAGGAAGCCGCGAGGGAGAAAGCAAAAGAGGAAGAGGAGACAACGAACUGCGUCGUAAUGUGAUCGAGAUGUUUUUGCUAGUUCGUGCGGUUUUCUUCUACGAUUUUUUGUAUAAGUACUUCUUGUGCGGGGAAAAUGUUCCUAAAAGGUUUUUAUCCAAUAGCUUUUGAUGCACAGUAAUAAACUUAAAUUUGCGUUUUUUCUUUUUUGUCAAUCGGUAAACUUUGCCUUUAUCAGGGUUGUCAAGGUUUUCAGUGUCAUAGAGAUGUUUUCUUGCGAUAGCGAUGCAACUCCACAUCAGAAGUUCCUCAGAAGAUUUCAGAUCAUCUAAUCCUGUUUUGGUACAUGGCUCCCGCACAUUUAAGUAGUUCCUCACCACAGCUUAACACAUUUUUUUACACGACAGCAUAAUCAGAAACAAACUUUUUAUAAAGUUUCUUUUCCUGGAACAGGUACAGGAUGAGUGUUCCAGCGAAACCCCUACCACCAAACGGUGCGAACGUAUGAGAGAAGAAAGUACGGUACGCAUUCGACAGACAAACAUGAAUAAAAAGGACCACUGCCGAC